AUGGGGCCUAAACAAGGCGGACGAGGAAGAGGCAAAGACGGAUCUCGAAUCGGAGCACGAGGAGAACCCGUUGGCCAAGAAUACCGGGGCACUCAAGAGAAACAAGCGGAUGCGCCGGCCGGGGCCCCUCCGCCCCCAGCGGCCCCUCCAUCGAGCAAGAGCCGCAAACGGGCACGCGACGCGGCCGCAUCGCCCGAACACGACACCCGCGAAGCGGCAAAGAUGUCGAAAAAGGCGGAGGAGUCGAUGCGGAUCGGCGACACGCAGAUGAUGGAGGCGAGAGCCAAUAAGAGCUGCUACGUCGAGGUGACGCAGACGAAUUCGGCCGGCCGACGCAGCAAGGACUCGGGCGAGGGCCCGAAACCGCCGCGAGACGCCGAGGCAGCCGCCGCCUCCAGCCACAAGCAGACCGUGUCGGCCAGCUUCACC